GCAUUUACAAUGGUUAAAUCUACCUAAUUAACAAGUGCAUUACUUUACAUAGUUAUCAUUUUUAUGGUGAGAAUACAACAUCCAUUGUCCUUACAUGUUUCAAGAAUACAAUAUGACAUUAACUACAGUUGCCUUGCUAUACAGUAGGUCUCUUGAAAUUUAUUCUCCCUAUUAAACUGUAAUUAUGUAAACUGUGACCAACAUCUCCUAACACCUUUUCCCCCCUAACUAUCCCAGCCUUUGGUAACAACCCUCCUCCUCCCUAGUUCUAUGAGAUCAACUUUUUAAGAUUCCACAUAUGAGUGAGAUCGUGUGGUAUUCAUCUUUUUGUGCUUGACUUGUUUCACUUAACAUAAUAUCCUCUAGGUUCAACCAUGUUGUUGUAAAUGGCAGAAAUUAAUUAUUUUUUAUGGUUGAGUAAUAUUCCAUUGUGUCUGUAUAACACAUUUUCUUUAUUCAUUCAUGCAUUGAUGGACACUUAGGUUGAUUCCAUAGCUUGGCUAUUGCAAAUAGUGCUGCAAUAAACAUGAGGUGCAGAUAUGUUUUCAAAAUACUAAUUUAGUUUACUUUGGGUAUAUACCCAGUAGUGGGAUAACAUGGUAGUUCUAUUUUUAAUUUUUUGAGGAAUCUUCAUACUAUUUUCCGUAAUGGCUAUAGUAAUUUAUAUUCUCACCAACAGUGUGUAAGGAUUCCCUUUUCUCCAUACCAUGCCAACACUUGUUAUCUUUUGUCUUUUUGAUAAUAGCCAUUCUAACAGGUGUAAGGUUAGAUCUCAUGGUUUUGAUUUGCAUUUUCCUGAAGAUGAGUGACACUGAGCAUUUUUUAUGUACUCAUUGGCCAUGUUUAUUUUAUUUUGUUGAGAAGUGUUUAUUAAAUUCUUUUGCCCAUUUCUAAAUUGGGUUAUUUGGGUUUUUUUGCUACUGAGUUAUUUGAGUUUCUUAUUUAUUUUGGGUAUUAAACCCUGGUCAUGUGUAUGGGAGGCAAAUAUUUCUUCCAUUCUAUAGGUUGUGUCUUCAUUCUUUUGAUUGUUUCCUUAACUGUAAAGAGGCUUUUCUUGAUGUAAUCAUAUUUGUCUAUUUUUGUUUUUGCUGCCUGCGAUUUUGAGGUUUUAUCCAAAAAAUCCUUGCCUGGAUCAGUGUCAUGAAAUAUUUCCCCUAUGUUUUCCUCUAGUAGCUUCAUAGUUUAUGGUCUUGCAUUUAAGUCUUUAAUCCAUUUUGAGUUGAUGUUUAUGAUGAGAGAUAAGGGUCUAAUUUCAUUCUUCUGCAAAAGUGUAACAUUCCUACCUUUGAAAAAUUAGAGAUAAAUGAGUGGAACAUUUGCUUUUGGAUUUUUAUAAGUGGAAUAGUUUAUUCAAAUUGUCAGUGAAAUUAAAUAUUGUGGGCUUAGAAGUCAAACAGAUUUAUCUUUAAAUCCUGACUCUACCUGUCACUUACUAUUGUGCAACAUUGGACAAUUUAUGUAAUUCUCUGAGUUCUACUAUGGCAAACUUAGAGAGUCAAAAAUGAAUCUUAAAUGAGGGAAGGCUCUUUGUACAUUGUGGAGCACAGAAUAACUACUUAAUAAUUAUGAAUAGUGGUAAUAAUAAAUAUUAAUAGUAGUAAUACUACUACUAUAAUAAUGACUAAUGUUAUUGUAAGUAUUGGGUUAAUUUUUCACUUUGGUUAAGAAGCUUGGUAACCACAGAGCUUUUAUGACUAGGAGCAUGAUUGUUUGUUUUAAACUUUUAGUUAUUUUCAAAAUUACUAUAAACACCAUCUCACUUAAGGCAGACUCUAAAUGUCUAAUGUAUUAAAGCCUUACGCAAAACAAUGGUUGGAGGUAAAACUGAAUUGAGUAUGUCAGAGUAGAAAAUCUGCCUUGUGAGACAUGUAGGACAUUGUAAUGAAGCGAAAUUUGGCUCCAAUUUUCUGGAAUUAAGUGAAUUGAGUAAAGUAGCCAAGUCACCAUUUUCAGUCAAGAGAAAGUGUACACUUUGGGAUAAGGGGGUGAUAGAGAAUCAUGCUGUAUUUCUGCCAUUGAAUACAAACUGUAUUUUUACUAGCUGUAUUUUUAGUUUAAAAUUUAAAAUAUAAAGUAAUCUGUCUCAGAGAUUAAGUCAACAAGCAUCUUAACAACAGAAUUAUUCUAAAAUGAUUUCUUUAAUGAUCAAUUUGAAAAUCAAGUCAUUGCUGUAAUCGAAAUUACAACAUGUAACACAUAGUGGUGGUGUGAGUUGCUGGGUUUCAAAGGACUAACAGUAACAUCAUGGCACUCAAUGUAUGCCCUGAUGAUAGGGUUGCCCAGGGUGGUGAGGAACUUGUUCAUAGUGUAUUCAUGCUGACCUUGUUGGAAACAAAUGAGUUCUGAGAAAUUUCAAUUAUUUAGUGCCUUGAAAGGUAAGAAAAAAAUACUUUAAAACAUUGAAUUGCAAUUAGACAUAUAAAUAUCUGACUUUUUUUUUCUCAGUUAUUACCCUGUUUUGCUGUUUGGGCAUCUAAACUUAAGAAAUAGAGUUAGUUCUUAAUAGAUCAGGCCACAUAGUUCUUAAAUUAUGUAAUGAAAUGCGUACGGUCUUAUUUAUUCUCAGGCAAGGCACUUUACGUUAGUUCUGUGAAACUUCACGGUUUUAAUUCCAUGAUAUGAGAGAGGAAGCUUAUAGGAGAAGAGCUUGAUCUGGAUUCUUUUGGAAGCUGCUCUAUUUUUAGUUAGGCUCACGCGUAAAAUGCAUCUCUAGAGAGCUGAAUGACUUGAAUAGUUGAAUGAGAGACUUUUAAUAUUGAUGUUUUGGAAGUGGAUGAACACCUAAAAGAACAACAAUUUUCUUUUUCCUCAAUUAAUAUAAGCCUGCCCCAUCUGUUAACAUCUAACUAGUGAUUUCAAGAGCUACUUAGCAUUGCUCCUAGUCAAUGACAAUGAGGUGAGAGUAUUAGUUAAAAUGGAGAAUACUAGCUGUAUUUUUAGUUUUAGAGAAAACUCCAUACUGUUUUCCCUGGCUAUACUAAUUUACAUUCUCACCUACAGUGUAAACUUUGGGAGGCCGAGGCGGGUGGAUCACAAGGUCAGGAGAUCAAGACCAUCCUGGCUAACAUGGUGAAACCCCGUUUCUACUAAAAAUACGAAAAAACAAACAAACAAACAAACAAAAAAAAAAAACAGCCAGGCAUGGUGGCAGGCACCUGCAGCCCCAGCUACUUGGGAGGCUGAGGCAGGAGAAUGGCAUGAACCCGGGAGGCGGAGCUUGCAGUGAGUCCAGAUCACACCACUGCACUCCAGCCUGGGUGACAGAACAACACUCUGUCUGUCUCAAAAAAAAAAAAAAGAAAAAAAUGUAGUCCCUUUUCUCUGCAUCCUCUCUAGCAUUUUGUUAUUUUUUGUCUUUUUGAUAAUAGUCAUUCUAACUGGUUUAAGAUGAUGGCUCAUUAUAGUUUUGAUUUGCAUUUCCCUAAUGAUUAAUGAUGUUGAGCAUUUUUUCAUAUACUUGGCCAUUUGUAUGUCUUCUUUUGAGAUAUGUUUAUUCAGAUCACAUGCCCAUGUUUUAAUCAAAUUAUUAUUAUUAUUAUUAUUAUUUUAAGUUCCUUGUAUUUUCUGAAUAUUUGUCCUUCGCUUGAAGCUUGCAAAUAUUUACUCCCAUUCUUCAGGUUGCUUCUUCACUCUGCUGAUCAUUUCCUUUGCUAUGAAGAAGCUUUUUAUUUAUUUUUUGACAUAGUCCCAUUUGUGUAUUUUUGUUGUCUAUGCUUUUGAGGUCUUAUUCUUAAGACCUUUGCCUAGACUCGAUGUCCUGAAGCAAUUCCCCUCCUUUUUCUUCUAGUAGUUUUAUAGUUUGGGGUCUUAGAUUUAGGUCUUUAAUCCAUUUUGAGUUGAUGUUUUGUAUAUGGUAAGAUUUAGAGAUCUAGUUUCUAGAAAUCCUGCUGGGUAUUUAUUCAAAGGAAAGAAAAUCAGUAUAUCAAAGAGAUAUCUGUACUCCCAUAUUUAUUGCAGUACUAGUCACAAUAGCCAAGAUACGGAAUCAAUCUAAAUGUCCAUCAACAGAUGAACAGAUAAGGAAAUGUGGUACAUAUACCCAACAGAAUACUAUUUAGCCAUAAAAAAGAAUGAAAUCCUGUCAUUUGUAGCAACAUAGAUGAACCUGGAGGACAUUGUGUUAAGUGAAAUCGGUCAGUCACAGAAAUAUAAAUACUGCAUGUUCUCACUAAUAUGUAAAUUGAAUGCAUAAAAGUAAAGAGCAGGAUGAUAGUUAUUAGAGGCUGCAAAGAGUAGGGAUGAGGGAAAGAUACUGAAGGGUUGGUUAAUGGAUAAAAAAUUAUAGCCACAUAAGAGGAAUAAGUUCCAGCGUUCUAUAGCACUGAAGGAUGAAUAUAGUUAACAAUAAUUUAUGGUAUAUUUUCAAAAAGCUAAAAGAAUUUUAAAUAUUCCCAACACAAAGAAAUAACAAAUGUUUAACGUGAUGGAUAUGAUAAUUACCCUGACUUGAUCAUUACACAUUAUGUACAUGUAUGAAAAUAUCACUCUGUAUACCAUAAAUAUGUACCGUUACUACAUGUCAACUAAAAGUAAAAGGAAAAAAAAACGAAGGAAAUUUAAGUUACCAUCUGAAUGACAUUUGGGCAAAUAAAUAUUUUAUGGGCUAUCUUCCCUUUCCACAUCAUUGUUUUUAGACUAUUAAUAUUUCCUCAUGAUUUCAUGAUUUAAUUCAAAGGAACUAAAUAAUCUAUUUUAGAACUGCAGGAAAAAAGUAAGAAGGCAAUUGACAAUUGGUAAAUAUUACAAUGUAUGUAAUAAAGGAUAAAUAUUACUGUUCACCAAAUAACUAUGUCGCUAACAUUAAUUUUGGCCCAGUGAUUCCUUUGUUUUGUAUCAAAUGCUAAUUAUAGGUCUGAAUUCGGCAAACAGUUUUAAUUUCCUCAUGACUAUUUUUGUCAUAAGAUUGGGAUAGCUAUAGCAGAGUUGGUUGAUGUGAAAAUACAGUGUGAACCUUGUUGAAAACUGGUUUGUGGUUUUGAGGGAAUAUCUAAAUUGGCCAAUAACUUUGCAGGAUUAAAUUUUAUCUGUAUGUGAGCUGGUUGGUAGUUCUUAGCUCUUAGCCAGCUUAUAUCUACGGAGUUCAUUCAGAAAAGUUGUUAGGCAAGAAAUAGGAUCCAUGGUUUGGGCAGAAUCUUAACAAUUGUGGCAGCAACAGGACUACCAUUUUUCUUUCUUAUAGGUAUUAAUCAAAUAUUUCACAAUAGAUGGAUGGAGUUGUCCUUUGAAAAUAACUCGGAAUUAGAAACUUUUAAGAGGCUCUGCAAGGAGUAUGUCUGUGUGAAAGAGCUGUGGACUGUCAUGUCCUCAAUGAAGACUUGGAUGUCUGAGUUCCCAAAUGGAUAGACAAUACUGUAGGCCAAGGUCCAAGGAUCUUAUAAAGGAAGCUAUCCUUGACAAUGACUUUAUGAAGAACUUGGAGCUGUCACAGAUCCAGGAGAUUGUGGAUUGUAUGUACCCGGUGGAGUAUGGCAAGGACAGUUGCAUCAUCAAAGAAGGAGACGUGGGGUCACUGGUGUAUGUCAUGGAAGAUGGUAAGGUUGAAGUUACAAAAGAAGGUGUGAAGUUGUGUACCAUGGGUCCAGGAAAAGUGUUUGGGGAAUUGGCUAUUCUUUACAACUGUACCCGGACAGCGACCGUCAAGACUCUUGUAAAUGUAAAACUCUGGGCCAUUGAUCGACAAUGUUUUCAAACAAUAAUGAUGAGGACAGGACUCAUCAAGCAUACCGAGUAUAUGGAAUUUUUAAAAAGUGUUCCAACAUUCCAGAGCCUUCCUGAAGAGAUCCUCAGCAAGCUCGCUGAUGUCCUUGAAGAGACCCACUAUGAAAAUGGAGAAUAUAUUAUCAGGCAAGGUGCAAGAGGGGACACCUUCUUUAUCAUCAGCAAAGGAACGGUAAAUGUCACUCGUGAAGACUCACCGAGUGAAGACCCAGUCUUUCUUAGAACUUUAGGAAAAGGAGACUGGUUUGGAGAGAAAGCCUUGCAGGGGGAAGAUGUGAGAACAGCAAACGUAAUUGCUGCAGAAGCUGUAACCUGCCUUGUGAUUGACAGAGACUCUUUCAAACAUUUGAUUGGAGGGCUGGAUGAUGUUUCUAAUAAAGCAUAUGAAGAUGCAGAAGCUAAAGCAAAAUAUGAAGCUGAAGCGGCUUUCUUCGCCAACCUGAAGCUGUCUGAUUUCAACAUCAUUGAUACCCUUGGAGUUGGAGGUUUCGGACGAGUAGAACUGGUCCAGUUGAAAAGUGAAGAAUCCAAAACGUUUGCAAUGAAGAUUCUCAAGAAACGUCACAUUGUGGACACAAGACAGCAGGAGCACAUCCGCUCAGAGAAGCAGAUCAUGCAGGGGGCUCAUUCCGAUUUCAUAGUAAGACUGUACAGAACAUUUAAGGACAGCAAAUAUUUGUAUAUGUUGAUGGAAGCUUGUCUAGGUGGAGAGCUCUGGACCAUUCUCAGGGAUAGAGGUUCGUUUGAAGAUUCUACAACCAGAUUUUACACAGCAUGUGUGGUAGAAGCUUUUGCCUAUCUGCAUUCCAAAGGAAUCAUUUACAGGGACCUCAAGCCAGAAAAUCUCAUCCUAGAUCACCGAGGUUAUGCCAAACUGGUUGAUUUUGGCUUUGCAAAGAAAAUAGGAUUUGGAAAGAAAACAUGGACUUUUUGUGGGACUCCAGAGUAUGUAGCCCCAGAGAUCAUCCUGAACAAAGGCCAUGACAUUUCAGCCGACUACUGGUCACUGGGAAUCCUAAUGUAUGAACUCCUGACUGGCAGCCCACCUUUCUCAGGCCCAGAUCCUAUGAAAACCUAUAACAUCAUAUUGAGGGGGAUUGACAUGAUAGAAUUUCCAAAGAAGAUUGCCAAAAAUGCUGCUAAUUUAAUUAAAAAACUAUGCAGGGACAAUCCAUCAGAAAGAUUAGGGAAUUUGAAAAAUGGAGUAAAAGACAUUCAAAAGCACAAAUGGUUUGAGGGCUUUAACUGGGAAGGCUUAAGAAAAGGUACCUUGACACCUCCUAUAAUACCAAGUGUUGCAUCACCCACAGACACAAGUAAUUUUGACAGUUUCCCUGAGGACAACGAUGAACCACCACCUGAUGACAACUCAGGAUGGGAUAUAGACUUCUAAUGUAUUUCUCUUACCUGCUUCUGCCUUGCUGAAGACAGCUUUUUCUGAGACACAGCUGCCAGCAAACCUGAGGGAAAGAGAGAAGAUUAGUGCUCGGGGUCACCAUGAUGCCUUUGAUCGAUGCUGCUCCAGUAACUACAGUGGCAUUAGGACUUAUCGCUUAGAUGACAAUAGUGCUCUUUACAUGUUUUCUGUUUGAACCUAAAAUAGCAGUUGACAUGGUGGUCCUGAAGCAAAGCCUUUCACCAGUAAAGAGAUGUUUUCUAUUGUUGCAAUGACCUUGCUUUGCUCUGAUUAUAAUUUGAAAGACUGUAGGAAACACUUCAAUGUAGUAUAAGAGUCUGUACCUUGCUGGAAUAUUCAAGAAGAUGAAAGAAUAAUAUAUUGGGUACAAUAGAUUACUAUGGUACAGAAACUGGUACUAUUCCCUUUCUUCAAGUGAAGGCUGUGGGAUCUAUUAUUGCAGGCCGGUGUAUAUACCAUACAAAAGAGGACCACACAUCUGUUGGUCACAGAGUUCAUGUCACACCAGUGCUAGAAGUUUCAUGAUUUUAUUUCCCAGCAGUGCUGAUGACAAGACUGAAUGUUACCUUUUCUUUCUGACAGAUUUUAAAAAUUGAUAUGAUAAAAGCACAACUGCUAUAGAUUCUGCUGAGACCUCUCAUAGUAGGUAUAUAUGAGUUUUCACAGAAGACUGAAAAAUAAUGCAUGGUAUUUGUUUGGUUUUUUUUGAUAAAUUGGCAUGACAGAGUGGGAAAAAAAAGCAAUUCACAAAACCAUUUCAUAUCUUUUAAAAUAUUGUGCUUAAAGAUGGUCCUGGAAGUAAAUGACUAGCAGCCAAUUGGUUUUACCUAACAUACCCUCAAACUGAGGCUUAAAAUAUUCCCUUUUAUAAAAAUAAACGCUUGGGGUAGGGUGGAGUGGGGAGGGAUUAAAACCCAUCCAAAAAAUAAAUAAAAACUAUAUAGGUGCUAUGUAUAUCUUUCAUCUGUAAAUGUCAGUGUCUGAACAGACAACACAAAUUCAAAUCAUUAUAUGUGUAGUCAGAAACUCAAGCAUUUUCACCAAAGUUAUUAAACCAAACUCCUGUCCAAUUUCACUUAUACAACAUAGUCAGUCUAGAGUUGAGAGACAAAGGUGAUUAUAAACCUAUUUGAACUAGCUUCUUGUCUUAGGCCUGAACCAAAAAACAACAAACAAACAAGAAACAAGAAUGAAAAGCAGAAAUAAAAGAAGUAGAAAAGACAAAGAAAGAAAGCCCAAAGUCAAAGUUGUUAAUAUUUACAGGUUUACCAGAUCUGGAACAUUACUUAUUUGAGGUCAGAGAACAAAACAAGAACCUGGCCAGAUGUUGAUUACCUUUUUGUGAAUAAGCUGAGUCCAUAUACUUGUCUAACUAAGAAAGCAGUACAGAGGAAAACAGGAACCUGAUUUUUUAAAAAUAAAUUUUAAAUAAAAUAGAAUUACUACAAUUCUGCAAUUUCAUACUACCUAAAAAAGACUAGAUUUGAAAAUGUCAAGCUGAUUUACUUUAUUCCCAUGGAGAAAAGAAUCCACAAAUUAAACUGAGUCCUUCACUGGCAGGCCAGUUGACUAUUAUUAGCUGUCAUAAGUAACUCAGCCAUUUGGAAGCAUUUCCUGGACAAAAUUACAUUAUACCUAUGAAGAAAAAUAUAGACGCUUUCAAGCUGUCAUUCUGUUUUGGCCCUGUGUGUGAAUUUGGUAUAUUAAAUUGACGCUUGCUUUUUUUUUCAGUAGAGUUUUCUUUUUAAUCAAUCAAACGUCUACAUUUCUGGAAGAAAAAGUCCAAUUAGAUCAUUACACCUUAACUAAUAAGGCAAAUAUUAUAAAUUUUGCUUGAAUUGUUCUUACUCAAAACUACCUUAGAAUAUGGUAUCUUAUGAAAAUAUAAUAUUCUUAAAAUUUGGGGGGAUAAAAUGAAAAGGGUAUAAACUUCAAUUGAAACUUUAAUCCUAAAAUAUUGUUAUUCUUGUAUUUUUGGAGUUUUCCCUCCCUUACAAUUUCUCCAGAUUGGUCUAUUCCCCAAGAUAUCCACUGUUUUCUACAGAUUUUAGAAUACCAAAUUAAACAUAUCAACCUAAAAUCUAGCUAUGAAUGUUAUUUCAAGAGUUUUAUAUUUUUAAUUGGCUUUUUAAAAAUAUGUAAUUCCAAUAUUAUAGUGAAUGUUCAGUAAUUUUUGUUGAAAGAUAAUGUGGUUUAGGCUUGCUAAAGAAAGACUUGCUAGAAUACUAAAUUUACCUUGUUAUUUGGAAAGAGAAUCUGCUCCUAUAACGUUUUAAAAAUCCCCAAAGUCCCAGAGAUUAGCACUUGCUAUGGAUUUUGGAACUAUGGUUCAAGUCUAAGACAACCAAUAUGAAUAAGUUCAAUGGAGAAGGAAGAAGUAGCAUUCAGCACAAGAAACUGUAGAUUGUUUCUCCCACUUGUUACUGCAUCUUUGUUCAUUUCACCCAUAGCAUUGCAUUUGAUGUCUGAAGUAAUCACCACAAAAUAAAGGUAAACUACAUCUUCCAAGAUGUACCAACAGAAAACAUUCGUCUAAUUUUGUCAACAUUGAAUUUUUAGGAUUUAAAUCUUGUCUUAAUGAAGACUCUAGGGCUAAAAUUCAUGGUCAGUUCCAUAAAAUGCAUCUCACUUUAUUUCUGAAUUUUUCACAACCCCUCUAUUUUCUUACAUUAAAGAACAUCUGGAUAAGUUAGAAUAGUGCCAACUUGUUUGAUUUGUUAUAUGAUUUUCUUGUUAAUGUGUUGAGUAUGGGAAAUAAGGGCUUUCUGUGUGUCUUGACUCACAGGAAAACUGAAACUGCCAAGGGAAGCAGCAUUAAAACAACUGAGAUAGAUUGAAUACAUUUGAAAACAUAAUUUCUGGAAAAACGCUAUACAUGCUUUUUAUGUUUAUAUCUUCUUUCUUAUUAAGACAUGAAUCAGAUCCAUGUGGCAUUCAAAACAAAUUUAUUUUGAUUAUAUUCUUUACAAGUCAUAAUUUUUACCUAAAAUUGUGGAAUAUGCAUGUGAAUUACACAUGUGUAGUAAUAAACUCAACUAUUGAAUUUUUCCUGUUUCAUUUCUAAAUGACUGAACUGAUGGUAAACAAAUUUAAUGAAGUCAGCUACCAUGUUGAAAAUAAGGAUAUUAGAACUGAUUUCAUACAAUAGAGGUGAUCUGUGCAUUAUCCAUAACAACGUUUUCUUUCACUAUAGGACCACAGACAAAUAUUUAUGUAAAUAGGUAUUUUUGUGUGAUAUUUUGUGGUACAUAUAACUUUUUUUAGUGUUUCACAGCAUUAUUAUUUCAUUUUAUUUGUAUUGAAUAAUGUUUUUAGGUCCAAGUAGACUUGAAUUAAUGUCAUAAUUGUCAGUAUUAUUGAAAAUUAUGUCAACUGUACUGUUAUUCAUCUGUCCCAUAGUUUAGAACAUGACCUGGCUAUCUGGCAUUGUUGCAAGUGCCUUAAAUUCAUGGCAUCCUAUUAAAAAAACAAAUUUGGUGUUAUGCUGCAUGACAAAGACAAACACACCUCAAAAUGUUGUCCUUUCUUAGCUUGCUGCGUUUUACAGUUCUUUCUGCUAACAAUUUAUAAGCCUUUAUUAUAUAAUAUUGAUGAAUUACAGAAAUGAUGAAGUCGUUCUCUUAUUUCUGUUAAAUGUACCAGAGCUGUGUAUCUGUUAAUGAGAUACAGCAUCAUUUCUGUGAAAUGUAUAAAUGUAUGUGCAGGUCAAAUUAAUAUAUGACAUUCUAUCAGUCUGUAUACAGGUAUUCCUGUUUUGCUAAGCUGUGCAGAUUCUGUAAAAAUAAAUUAGUGCAGUCAAGUUCUAACAUAUCUCAUUUUAUAGACUCCAUUGACAAUGGUCCAACCGAAAAGAAAAAUUGGAAAUGACUGCUAACCACACCUCGUUAUGAAACCAAUGAUGAAAAAGUCACUUGGUGCACCUCUCAACAAAACAGGAUGCUUUCUCCGAGUUCUUGUAUAUGCAAAUCAUUUACGAGGCAAGUUUUCAACAGACCUAGAAAGCAAAACAUUGAAAGUGUGUUGUUAGCCCUCCUCUCUGCCCCUGCAUCAACAGACAGAGCUCUGGGACCUUGGCAAUGACUCAGAGGUUGGGGCUUUCUGAGUAAAGGGACAUUUCUUUAAGCAUCAUCUAUCAAAUUUAUUUCAAUGUAUGAUGUUUUUACAACUGGUCAGUUCUUUUGUAUUCUUACAGCUAUGGUUAUUUGAUUGUCCUCUUACAAUUUGUUCUACAUGAAAGAGUUCUUUGUUAGUCAGAAUGCAACAAACUGUCAUCAAAUGGUCAUUGACCACUUGCACUCUUUUGAUGUAGAUUAAAAACUUUUUCAUAAAUUUACCUGCUUUGAUUUGCUCUGUAUUUUUCCUGCAGCUGUAAUUGCUGAGUGCCUGUUGUAUACUUUAUAGAGUUGAAAUAAAAAAAUAAUUACUUUUGAA